AUGAAGAAGUUCUUGACCAUCUUCAGUCAAAGACGGUCUUCUUCCGUCUCAUCCACCAGCCAGAGGCCUCGGUGUCGGCACAGGGCUACUAGACACCACUCCACCACACAGCCCCCAAAGUAUGAAGCUUACGGGAAGAUCCACAAGGCUGCAAGGUUGGGCGAUGUUGCCAGGGUUCAGUGUAGACUCGAGCUUGCGAAAAAUGGUGCUAAUGACCGAGACAGGAACAGCAGAACACCUUUACAUUAUGCCUGUGCACAUGGACAUCCUGAUGUAGUGACCCUCCUACUAGACUGGAAUUGUGACAUCGAUCUCUGUGACAGUUACAACAGCACGCCACUAAUUAAGGCUUCACAGUAUGAUCAUGAAGAAUGCAUGACAAUUUUAUUAGAACAUGGUGCCAAUCCAAAUGCUACUGACAACAGUGGGAGCACAGCUCUGCACUAUGCCGUUUUCAUAGAGAAUAUCUCAAUGACAACUAAGCUGCUGGAAUACAAUGCUGAUGCCAACAUAACGAACAAGGGUGGCGUUUCACCACUUAUCCUGGCUCAACUGGGAAGCAAUGAGAACCUGACAAAAUUGUUAGUAAGCCACAUAAAAAAGAUACAGGAAGUUGAUGAACCAGACAGGACGCCCAGCGGAUCCAACUCCUGUGGUUCCAGUUCACCAAAAGAAGCCGAAGAUAAGGUCACAGAAAAAACUGAGAAGCACAAUGUCAACAAGGUGGAUACAUCAGAAAACCUGAAUUUUGGUGCGGCAGCUUCAGCCCUACAAAUACAGGAUGAAAAAGCUGAAGACCAGCAGAUUACUGUUGAGAACCAAGUAAAUGAUGGGUCUGUGAUGGAAACUUUUGAAGCAAAGAAUAAGGUCAAAGAAAUAAGUAAUACAUUUGACCCUAAUAAAUUUGUGCUGCCAUAUGAGAGAAACUCAAAGGACUGUGAGAUGCUCAGUUUUGACAAGAUCUUGUCCCUCAUUGAACAGCUCAUGAGGGACAGCAAAGAUUCCCCCAGCCUCAUGAGGAUCUCGAGUGCACUUCAUUCAUAUAGGAAAUCACUGGAGCUUAAAACACAUGAUUUUGAACUACUUCAAGAAAGACAUAAAAAUUUAAAAAUUAAUCUCAGUGCCAUCCAGAAGAAGGUGUCAAAAACAGUCAAAGGAAAGUUAAAAGUAGAUACGGAGAACACUAAAUUGAAAGCAGAAAUGCACAAUCUGAGGCUUAAGCUUGAAAAUUCAGACUUACAAGCAACAACAAAAUAUCAAGCAGAGGAAACCGAACAGACUCAGGAAACCCAAAUAACAGAUGGGGUGGAUACUGGGGUGGACCAACUCACAACCCUGGUUCUGGGCCUGGUUACUUGCAGGUUUGUCAGCCUGACAGAUCUCCCUUUCCCCAUCACCAUGAUGAGCUCUCAUGUGUUGUCCUGCAAAGUUCAUUCUUGCAGUGAUGAGCAAGGGGCAGGGCCAGUUUACCUGCUUUCAAGUCCUCAGUGUCAGAUGUCCCAUGCCUCCACCUUCAGGAUCAGCUCAACUGUGUUGCCCAGGCUUAAGCUUGAAAAUUCAGACUUACAAGCAACAACAAAGCAUAAAGCAGAAGAAAAUGAACAGAUUCAGAAAACCCAAAAUGAAUUAAUUCAAUUAUUAGCACAUGGUUUGAAGAUUGGGAAGGGAAGAAAUAGUGAACUACAAAAAGAAAUAACUAGGCUUAAGCUUGAAAAUUCAGACUUACAAGCAACAACAAAGCAUCAAGCUGAGGAAAGUGAACAGAUUCAGACAACCCAAAAUGAAUUAAUUCGAACAUUGACCCAGGGUUUGGAGGAUGGGAACAAAAGAAAUACUGAACUAGAAAAAGAAAUAACUAGGCUUAAGCUUGAAAAUUCAGAUUUACGAGCAACAACAAAGCAUGAAGCAGAGGAAACUGAACAGAUUGGGAGAAUACAAAAUGAUUUAAUUCAGUCAUUGACGCAUAGCUUUGAGGAUGAGAAGAAAAGAAAUACUGAACUAGAAAAAGAAAUAAUUAGGCUUAAGCUUGAAAAUUCAGAUUUACGAGCAACAACAAAGCAUGAAGCAGAGGAAACUGAACAGAUUGGGAGAAUACAAAAUGAUUUAAUUCAGUCAUUGACGCAUAGCUUUGAGGAUGAGAAGAAAAGAAAUACUGAACUAGAAAAAGAAAUAAUUAGGCUUAAGCUUGAAAAUUCAGACUUACAAGCCACAACAAAACAUGAGGCAGAAGAAAUUGAACAGAAUCGGAGAACCCAAACUUCUGAAAUCACUACAUUGCUUAUCAGACAGAAUGCAUUGAUUCAGUUAUUGACCCAUAAUUUUGAGUACAGGAAGAGAACAAAUAGUGAACUAGAAAAAGAAGUAACCAGAUUUAAGAAGCAGUCAGAUGAAUGUGAAAAUGGAGAGCCUGCUGUUUUUAGUGCUUCAAGUACAAUUCACUGGGAAAAGGAAAAGAGGCAAGCUGUCCCUGACAAGUAUAAAGAGCAAGUAAUGAAAAUGAAACAAAGUAUCAAAGAUAUGCAAAAAGAGAUACUGGGAAUGAAAUCUCGGGAGCAUUCUACUAAAGUAUCCCUGGAAAUGUAUAAGCAAUUCUAUAUAGCGGAACUGAAUGCUAGAGAAGUACUGAAAGAGGAACAUGCCAAUCUUUCCAGUACUAAUAAGAGGCUACAGCAUGAAAACUCAAGGCUUGCCUUUGAGAUUACGAAGUACAGACAUGUAUACAACCAUGAGGACAGAGAUUCCGCCACAACAGGAAUUUCUGAUGGAAAUCUUCAGAAUGAUUUUUGGACUCUACAGAACAGAAACACAUGUUGGAAGCCAUUAUUUCCAAACGAAAGCCUAGAAUCACCUCUUGGAGGCAAAACUUGCUGGGGUAAUUUAAUGUGAUAACAAAGAUGAGAUUGCUGUCAAUCAAGCUGAUCCCAUCAGUAAACCAUUUGACAUUCAGUUGGAUAACCUCUGAGAAAACAUCUAUUCCACUCACAUUGAUCCAUUAAGUAGGCAACCUCAAGAUUCAGGACGUCUUUGUGGAGAUGCCACUGAAGCUGUGAAUUUAAGGGAAAUCAUUGCAAAAAAAAAAAAAAUGACCAUAAAAAAAAAAAUCCCCCAUUGAGUCAGGGGAAGAAUAGAAGAAAGGAUAUGUGAAAGGUAGGG